ACUGGCGUCGGCCAUCGCAAAGAGUGCUAGUGAGGUGAAAAAAUUUCGUCUUUGCAGUUUAAAGCAUAAUUUACAGUGAAUUUGUGCAAGAAACGCCACUGACGACCGCGUACGGCAGACAGCAUCAACAUGAACACGGUGGAGGAAAUGGAUUUGAUCGAAGACGACAACAUCACCGGUGCGUCGGAUGAUGACGACGACGAUAAUCCGAGUAGCCCGGGUAGUGCAUACGACGACGGAACAAACCUAAUCAAUGUGGCCAUGGAAAACGAAGUCACCGCACAGCUCGUUGCGGCCGGGGUAGUAGGCGUGGCAGCUGCUGCGGCGAUCACAUCGUCCAAGAAGAAGAAACGACCGCAUUCGUUCGAGACGAAUCCCUCCAUCCGGAAGCGGCAACAGAACCGGCUGCUAAGGAAGUUGCGGCAAACCAUCUUCGAGUACGCAACCCGCGUCGGACAGCAAGCCGUCGUACUGGUGGCCACACCGGGCAAACCAAACAACAUUUUCAAAGUAUUCGGCGCCAAACCUCUGGAGGACGUUCUGAAAAAUCUCCGCCCGAACGUUAUGGACAAACUGGACGAAGCACUGGCAGCGCAGGCACCUCCUCGAGUUCAGGACGAUCCAUCGCUGUUCGAACUGCCCCCACUGAUCAUCGACGGUAUACCGACGCCGGUGGAAAAGAUGACCCAAGCACAGCUACGAGCAUUUAUCCCUCUAAUGUUGAAGUACUCUACGGGCCGUGGAAAACCGGGCUGGGGAAGGGAUUCCACUCGUCCGGCUUGGUGGCCAAAGGAGUUACCCUGGGCAAACGUUCGCAUGGAUGCCCGUACCGAGGAGGAGAAACAGAAGAUAAGCUGGACACAUGCACUGCGGAAGAUUGUGAUCAAUUGCUACAAAUAUCACGGUAGAGAAGAUCUGCUUCCGGCGUUCAGCGAAGAGGAUGAGAAGGCCAAUGCUAUCGCUACGGCUAAUUCAAAUGUUGAACAGAUCAAGAUUCACAACACAAACGUCAUAACGACCACCACAUCGGGCAGCAAUUCCCUGGCAAGUAGUAGCACAAACAGCGGCCAGCAGAUUGUCAUUCAGCACCAACCUCAAGCCACGAUCACAACCUCAGCGGCCCAGCAUCAGACACAUCAGACGAUCAUCAAGGAGGCGUCCGACGGAACACUCCAGAUACAGCAGCAGAACUCACCCACGCAGACCCUGAAUGCGCAGGUUUGCCUCGACUCGAUGGCGCUAAACGAUGUGGAUUACACGCACACAGUACUUCAAACAAUCCAGAAUCCCGAUGGUACCGUUUCCAUAAUCCAGGUUGAUCCCAACAAUCCAAUUAUCACACUUCCGGAUGGAACGACGGCACAAGUGCAAGGCAUUGCUACAACUAAUUCCUAUUUGCAGCUACAAGCCCAAAACGAUGGCGGAGUCCACACGAUCCAAACCAUCUCGGACGGCCAUGGUGAAAGUAUGUCGGUGGAUCUGACGGAGGCCACGCUCGGUCAGGACGGACAGCUCAUCAUCACCGGGGAGGACGGUCAAGAAUAUACUUACUCAGGCUUCCCAGUGAGUGGUAUGAUUACGGUUCCGGUGUCAACCCAGAUGUACCAGACCAUGGUCGCCAACAUUCAGCAGUUGCCGAACGGAGACGGAACGGUGUGCAUAACACCGAUGCAGAUGUGUGAUCUAGUUGAAAAUGGCGAAACCAUGGAGACAAUAACAGUAGGUCCCGGAAUGCACCAGAUGAUGAUUCAAGGACCUCCGGGUACCGAACCGCAGGUACUGCAGGUGCUAAGCUUAAAGGAUGCGUCGGCACUGACCAAAGCGAUGGCAGCCAUCGGCGAGGUAAACAAAGAAGAGGCAACAAUCAUCGAACACUGAGAAACCUCUCACCCAAAACUCCCUUUGUCAUCACCAUAUCUAGUCGUAUAAUUUUAUUAGACCACACAGAAACAAUAUCGACCAUCAAUGCAAGCUAUGUUAUCUCCCAGGAAACUGAACCAACACUUGCAAAGAGUUUGCAUCAACUUUCCUCUCAUUCAUGUGGAAUAUCUCUAGUCCAAGUUUUAAAGUUAGUAUUCGGUUAAGCUCUGACUGUACAUAAAUCGAGAUUUUGACUCAAUUUAAAAACAAUACUAAAAAUAACUUCAAAAUGGAUAACACAAUCAUCGUUCAUUCAAUCUAGUCGGCGUCGACGGGGAAAAAAUUUAAUUUUCCUUCGCCCAGACAAAGCAACCCAUGUAAAUAGAAAUCAGUCAUUUUACGAUUCGUUUAGGAUAAUUUCUGGAAUGCUGUGCAAGCGUGUAAACACAAGAAACGAUCUUAGUCCGAAUUUGCAUUCGUGUUUUGUCCUUGUUGUUAGCUUCUGUACUUUUGACUGAUAUUCUUCGUCUAAGUCUCAAGGUUUAAGAAAUAUUGAUAGUUCUACUCUAGUCAAAUGACAUGGUGUGCAACAUUAGUUUUCAUAGGUUAUCAAUUAUUAUUUAUCUCAAGUACCCAUUUGGUUUCAAACCCCUCGAACAAACUAAUCCCUCACAAAAAAUAAAUUGCUGUGAAUAAGUCACUCUUUCAAAAACAAAAAAAAAAUACAAAAUUGCAAUAUGAAUGUGUACACUUGUAGAGUUCAGAUCUCUGUAGCAGCGAAUGCAUAAAAAACACUAGAGGAAAAGACUGAUCCAUCCCGAGGGAUUAGACAACAACUUGAACACUCCAAAACGAGAAACUGUGAUUAAUGGAAUGUACUAGUUUCAGUUUAUUUCCCUAAAUUUUAUCAUUUGUUUACUCCGUUUAUGAACUAUUUAUUAUUUAUAAUAUUUAUCCCAGCUGUAUUUAUUGCAUUAUUUAUUGUAUUUAUUUUCAUCUAAAGAAAUGUCAAAAAUUUCCAUGAAAGAUUAAUCUAACGUUUAGAUACUUAUUUGUCGGGAAAAAAAAGAAACAAACAGAAAGGGUAUCGAGCAAUCGAGGCAGCGUGCAAAGUUUAAUCUCCCAGAUGAUGGAUUAAUUUUCACAAACAAUAAAACUGAUUGUUCCUUAUGUAACCAUAUUUAUAAAAAAAAAAUCCGUGUAAAGUGAUCAUGAGAGAUCAUUCGCCGUUUCUGGGAGAUUACCUAAUGCCCACCACAAAAAUUCACAAACCGUGAAUUCCAUCGGGUGGAUAUUCGUAUUUGAAGAUGAAAUAUUUCAGAUUUAAAAGCAAAGGAAAAACUAUUUUUGUCUCUGUAAUCCAUGUGCAGAUAAAUCAUCAAUGUAAAAUAAGAGAAAUCACCAUGACAAAUAAAUGACAUGCGCAAAAA